AUGGGGCGUAUCAUAAAAGCUAGGCGGCCAAGACCGUUGAGGUCCGAUCUAGCUCAAAGGGAUCCAAGCGUGCUGUGUCAGUAUCAUGAGACUCACGGUCAUAGAACCGAGGACUGUCGCCAAUUAAGGGAAGUGCUGGCUCGGUUGUUGAAAAAUGGUCACCUUCGAGAGUUCCUGAAUGAUCGAGCCAAAAGCCACUAUAAAGGAAGGGAAAAUCACAAAAAGGCCAAGCCCGAGGAACCACAACAUGUGAUCAAUAUGAUAAUCGGAGGAACAGAUACAUCUCGAGGGACGAUGAUGAAGAGAACAAAGUUUUCGGUUACACGAGAAAAACGAACCAGGGAUUACAUGCCCGAAGGGAUAAUUUCCUUCAACGAUGAGGACGCAGAGGGCUUCAUGCAACCGCACAAUGAUGCGUUAGUAAUCUCUAUUGUUAUCUUUAAAUCUCAAGUUAAACGUAUUCUGAUUGACCCAGGUAGUUCGACCAACAUUAUCCAAUGGAGAGUGGUAGAACAACUGAAGUUGCUAGAUCAAAACAUUCUGGUAGCUCGUAUACUCAACGGAUUCAAUAUGGCAAGCGAGACUACAAAGGGAGAAAUUGCUUUGCUGGUCAACAUCGACGAGACCAUGCAGUAG